UACGUCAGCGGUGACCUUUCGCUUUACGGCAGAGCGGCAUGUGGAGGUCAGCGAUGUAAUCACGACCAGAAACAGAAAACUAUACUGAUCUUUAAACGUUAGCACUGAACAAGCGGGUUUGCCAAUCACAAAAACACAAAAAGAAGAAGAAAUAUCAACAUCGGACAACUUAUGACUGUAAUAUCUACGGCUUUAAGAAGAAUAUAAUCGCUCGGCCAAGUUGGGGAUCUCGGUAUUUACACCGUGAGUCAGUCAGGAAAUCAUCUGGUCAGCUUUCUGUAUCACAUCUAAAGAAAUGGAUAAUAAUAAUAAUGCACCCGGAUCAGGAGGGCUUAGAGGGGGUUUGGGAAGCCUAUUCGGUGGAGGAGCCCCCGAAUAUUCAAAUACUGAGCUCGCGGGAGUACCACUGACUGGUAUGAGCCCUCUUUCGCCCUACCUCAACGUUGACCCUCGUUACCUUGUACAGGACACAGAUGAGUUCAUUUUGCCAACUGGGGCAAAUAAAACGCGUGGUCGCUUCGAGCUGGCUUUCUUUACCAUUGGGGGAUGCUGUAUAACAGGUGCUACUUUCGGCACACUAAAUGGGUUCCGAAUGGGUUUGAAGGAAACGAGAGACAUGCCGUGGUCGAAACCCAGAAAUGUACAGAUUUUGAACAUGGUCACACGGCAAGGAGCGUCUUGGGCCAACACACUAGGAUCUGUGGCUCUUCUAUAUAGUGUGUUUGGUGUGGCCAUUGAAAAGGCCAGGGGUGCAGAAGAUGACCUCAACACAUUAGCGGCUGGAACUUUGACGGGUUUGCUCUAUAAAUCCACAAGUGGACUCAAAGGAGCUGCCAGAGGAGGCCUUGUUGGUUUGGCCAUGUCAGGACUGUAUGCUCUCUACAACAACUGGGAUCACCUGAAGGGCGCGUCACCUUCACGUUAUUGAGCGUGACGGAGAGCUCAAACCAUGGACUUAUUUUGACUCUAAGCUCAUUUUUAGCCUUUAUCACCAACUCAUCUUCCAAUUUAAACUUUUGGAAAAGCAUCAGUUUCUUAUUGAGUGAACCCAUGGACCAUCACAUGUACAGGCUUCAUUAGAUGUUUAUUGAGUAUAAAAUAUUUAAUCGGCAGACCCAGGUCAUCUCCAGAUGUAAAAUGCUUUGCUGGGAAUUUGCUGUCAGUAAAAAAAAUAUUAUUAAGUCUUAUUGAUUUGUUGUUUAGGAAUGUAUUGCGGUUGACAUCUGUUGCAGCUCUUUCGAAAUGGUCAAGAAACGCUGUGUCCUUUAAAGGGAUAGUUCACCCAAAAAUGAAAAUUCUGUCAUUAUUUACUCACUCUCAUGUUGUUACAAACCUGUAUACAUUUCUUUGUUCUGAAACAAACAAAUUGUUUGAUUACGAACAUUCCUCAAACUAUCUUAAUUUGUGUUUAUCAGAACAAAUAAAUUUAUACAGGUUUGUAACAACACGAGAGUGAGUAAAUAAUGACAGAAUUUUAUUUUUGGGUGAACUAUUCCUUUAAGUUUGAUCUGUUUUCGUUGUGCACUGAUGAUUAAAAUGUUGUCAGUGGUGGUUGGUUUAAAAUUGUGUAAUUUGUUUGUACAUAACUGGCCACAUCAGCUCUGCUAAAAUCUAAAAUAAAAAACAUUUAAGAGUUUACUACA